ACGCAUUGGGCGGUGAUCCCUCAUCUGCUUCGGCGCCGCGUCGACGUGCUCCCUGGGAGAGCAAUAACCGGGUUCGCUACGCAUACCUACGGUCUUCUACUUGCCACGCCUCUAACGUACCACAUUUAUCGAGUGCGUACUAGUAAAUGUAGGGAUUAGGGGUAUAUAGAUAGAACGAGAAAAAAAACUAGGGGCCCGAAGUUCUUGACAAUACAGAUGAGCGGUUCAAGAUGGCCGACUCAGUUGGUAUGUCCCCCGAGAACCAAGGCCCACCAUCACCGGGCCAGCCAACCAAUUCAAUGAAGCGCUCCGUUCCUCUCUCUGCAUUGCUUUCAACUUCUCAAACCAUUAUCCCGUCGCUAAUCGAGUCCCCACUUGAAAUAGACCGCGUGUUUGUCCACGCGCUGAAUACGGUCAAGAAGAUCCCGAAGACGGGAGCGUCACGCCCCCCGCCGAGCGACCGGCUACGGCUAUAUGGCCUGUAUAAGCAAGCAAUGGAAGGUGACGUAGACGGUGUGAUGGAGCGGCCUGAGCACCGGCCAGGCGUUGAUGUAGACGAGCUGCAACGCGAGCAGGACAAAUGGGACGCGUGGAACGCACAGAAUGGUCUCAGCCGGACAGAAGCUAAACGCCGAUACAUCGAAGCACUGAUCGAGACUAUGCAUCACUAUGCCAACACACCAGACGGCAAAGGACUGGUUGCAGAACUCGAAUUCGUCUGGGAUCAGAUUAAGAAUAACAGCCCGUCAUCAUCUAAUGCAUCACCGAAGGAGGCCACAUUCGCCGAGCCCCGACAUUUCCAAGAACCAUUAAGUGGGACGGAGGGACCUAUGAAGGUGCUCAGCCCAAUGAGCGAGGACGAUGCUGCGGAACAGGAGUAUCGCCAGAGGCAGGACGACGAGGACGAUGGGGAAUACGUGAAGAAAGGCGAUAGGUGGUCGCGAAAAGUAGAGCGCGCCGUAGUAAGGUUAUCCGCCGAAGUCGCGGCUCUACGAGAACAAAUCACGGCCGGGCGCGAAUGGAGGUCUAAGAAGGAAAAGAGCCUCAAAGCAUGGACUAGUUGGAUAUUAUGGAUCGUCUCAAAGCAUCUUGCAGUGGAUAUGGUGGUUUUGGGUAUCGUAUUACUCUGGAUGCGAAGGCGCAAGGAUAGGCGGCUCGAAGAUCACGUCAGAGCGAUACUAAAGUUAGGCCGCGAAUACGCAAGGAAGAUAUUGCCGUCAAGGUGAAUAUCUGCGACAGUGUGUCAUGCAUUAUGAAUAUUUGCUAUCUUGCCUAUUCGUAUCGCUAUCACAUCAUCUAUUGCAUUCCUCGCAGGUAUGCGACCAAACCGAACGAUAAAGCCGAUGCGAAGCCAGUCCUACCUACAUGAAGAUAAAAGCAAGGGGCUACGAAGAGAAGAUUUUUACACUGUUAACGUAUACGUCACUCGACCAAGACGUGUCGUUUAGGUCCGCGACUCAGAGUUACGAGAUCUCCGAUUAACUUAAUAUUCGUCCAGAGACACCAUUUCGGUAUCCUUCUAUUCCAACUUGGGUUGCGG